CGACCGUAAACUAAACAGAAAGCGGAAACAAUAGGGAACCACAUACACACACCCUUGUCUUUGCAAUCUACUCAGGGAAAUAAAAUACCUUUACCUUUUAAGCAAUACUAUUAAAUAGACAUAUAAAGAAAAUACGAAGUCGACGAGUACUUGAGGGCAUUUGACUAAGUCGGUUACCAUGGCACUGAAAAGAAUACAGAAGGAGCUUCAUGACCUGCAGAGGGAUCCGCCAGCACAGUGCUCUGCUGGACCCGUGGGAGAGGACUUGUUCCAUUGGCAAGCAACAAUAAUGGGGCCAGGUGAUAGUCCAUACCAAAGUGGGGUCUUCUUUCUCACAAUCCACUUCCCCACCGACUAUCCCUUCAAGCCACCAAAGGUAGCAUUCACAACAAAGAUCUAUCAUCCAAACAUCAACAGUAACGGGAGCAUCUGCUUGGACAUCUUGCGAUCCCAGUGGUCUCCAGCAUUAACUGUAUCAAAAGUUCUGUUGUCCAUAUGUUCGUUGCUUUGUGACCCGAACCCGGACGACCCCUUAGUUCCAGACAUAGCACAGAUCUACAAACUAGACAAAGAGAAAUACAACAGACUAGCAAGAGAUUGGACUCAGAAGUAUGCAAUGUGAAGGCCCUCCUGAAGAAUUUUUUUAAAGUCACAAAACACUGUACAUUCUGGAAAUAGAAAGUAAACUUAGGUGAUAUGGAACACAUUGUACUGUCAACAUUUAUCAUGUGAACCCAUGAACUAUAGAUGAUGUUGUGUUUACAGGGGGUAUACACUGCACAUAUGUACAUUAAGGGUGAUAGAUAUGGGGGACAACAACUGUACAUUGUUGUUAUCCCUACUUCCUGGUUUUGGGAACUUUUGUUUCUCGUCUCAUGAAUGGAAGAGGAAGUCAUUAGAAUACUGUAGCCCACGGUUACAUUCAGAAUACUGUAGCCUGCUGUUAGUCAUCAGAAUACUGUAGCCUGCUGUUCCAGUCAUCAGAAUACUGUAGCCUGCUGUUCCAGUCAUCAGAAUACUGUAGCCUGCUGUUAGUCAUCAGAAUACUGUAGCCUGCUGUUAGUCAUCAGAAUACUGUAGCCUGCUGUUAGUCAUCAGAAUACUGUGGCCUACUGCUACAGUACAACAUACUCAUGGCUCUGCUGACUGUCACCCAUAAAGAGGGAAAUUGAGGAAUCAAACCAAUUUUACAGUUUUUUUUUAAUUGUAUCAAACUAUUCUGGACCUACUUUAGUUGUUUUAGCAUUAAGUCAGAACUUCAUUAAAACAUUGAAAUACAUUCUCUGCCAUUAACAGUGAUUUAGGGGCUUCAGUUAUGGCUAUGGCUUAUGCUGUUUAGCACUUUUGUAUAAUUAAAGAAUGGUACACUUUA